CGGCAGAGAUCACCAGAGCGCACAGCUGUAGAAGAGUGUGUAGAAUAGGAGGAGCAGCCUGUGUGGUCCUGGGACUGACCCCUUCGCCCCUCGUAUUGAUACACGAUCCGGGAAACUGAUUUGUUUGUGUGCCUAAUUAAGGAGCACUUUGUAGUGACCUCCUUAGGGUUAGGGUCGGUGUCACCUGUCGCUUCCCAUCCGUGCCAAGUAGAGACGUGGGCAGGAAGCCCAGGGUAAGCCUGGCUGUCCCACCAGCCUUUCCGGUUUCUUUCUUGCACCCUGGGAUCCUAGUGCAUGGCUGUAGUUCUCAGCCUUCUCAGCGGCAGCACGGAGGUCCCAGAGUACUGACCCGAAGUCGGCUCCAUGCGCCUUCGUCCUCAACCAGGCCCCCUAGGCAUGGAGCUCUUCCUCCGGAAGCGGCUCACUUUCUUGUCCUUUUUCUGGGAUAAGAUAUGGCCAGCGGCUGAGUCAGAGGAAGACAUCCCCAGGAUCCAGGGACACGACGACGACAACCCAGUGCCAGAGCAACCCGCUGCCGUUGAAACUUGUAGCUUCCCAGCCCCACGCGCCCGACUCUUCCGCGCGCUCUACGACUUCACUGCUCGAUGUGCAGAGGAACUGAGCGUCAGUCGCGGGGACAGACUCUACGCCCUCAAGGAGGAGGGGGACUACAUCUUUGCCCAAAAGCUUUCUGGGCCGCCCAGCACCGGACUAGUUCCAGUCACCUACCUUGCCAAGGCUACCCCGGAGACGCCCUCAGACCAACCUUGGUACUUCAGUGGGAUCAGCAGGACUCAGGCCCAGCAGUUGCUUUUGUCUCCUGCCAAUGCACCAGGGGCCUUCCUCAUCCGGCCCAGCGAAAGCAGCAUCGGGGGAUAUUCUCUGUCAGUCAGAGCCCAGGCCAAAGUCUGCCACUACCGCAUCUGCAUGGCACCCAAUGGCAGCCUAUACCUGCAGGAAGGCCGACUCUUCCCCAACCUGGAUGCAUUGCUGGCUUACUACAAGACCAACUGGAAGCUGAUCCAGAACCCUCUGUUGCAGCCCUGCAUACCCCAGAUGCCCUUGGCUCCGGAUGAGUGGGAACGGCCACGUUCAGAAUUUGUCCUUCGGAGAAAGCUGGGUGAAGGCUUCUUCGGGGAGGUGUGGGAAGGCCUGUGGCUGGGCUCUAUACCUGUGGCAGUGAAGGUUAUCAAAUCAGCUGACAUGAAGCUGGCAGACCUCGCCAAGGAGAUUGAGGCACUGAAGAGCUUGAGGCAUGAGCGGCUGAUCCGUCUGCACGCUAUAUGCUCCCUGGGUGAACCUGUGUACAUCGUUACUGAACUCAUGGGCAGGGGCAACUUGCAGGUCUACCUGGGCAGCCCUGAGGGAAAGACCCUGAGCCUGCCUCAUCUAUUGGGAUUUGCCUGCCAGGUAGCUGAGGGCAUGAGCUACCUGGAGGAGCGGCGUGUCGUCCACCGGGAUUUGGCUGCCAGGAACGUGCUGGUGGGGGAUGACCUCACCUGCAAGGUAGCUGAUUUUGGCCUGGCCAGACUGCUCAAGGACGAUGUCUACUCCCCAAGCAGUGGCUCCAAGAUCCCUGUCAAGUGGACUGCACCCGAGGCUGCUAAUUACCGUGUCUUUUCGCAAAAGUCAGAUGUCUGGUCCUUUGGCAUCCUGCUGUAUGAGGUUUUCACUUAUGGCCAGUGUCCCUAUGAAGGAAUGACCAACCACGAGACACUACAGCAGAUUAGUCGUGGAUACCGGCUGCCACGCCCAGCUGUCUGCCCAGCAGAGGUCUAUGUGCUCAUGGUAGAGUGCUGGAAGAACAGCCCGGAGGAGCGUCCCACCUUUGCCACACUGAGGGAGAAGCUGAAUGCCAUAAACAGACGCCUCCAUCUGGGCCUCACGUGACAAGGUCUCCAGACCCUCCGGUAGCAACUAGGGCUGCCGCUUCCUGAAGGGUGUUUCCCAAGGAAACAUUUGUCAUCAGUGUCCAUGGGAGAUACCUCACAACUGAGGAUCACAGAGAACUCUGGGCUCCAACACUGGGGCUCCUUCACUGACACAGGCUGCUACUUACAUGUAUACAACCGAGAGACACAUGUACCUACAUGUGCACAACAGAUGGAUGCGUGCAGACUGGGCCUGGUCAUGAGCACUCAAUCAGAUAUGAAGGCUGGUGUCUUCCUCCUGACACAGUCUCCAAAGUGUUGAUAAAAUAUAGAAGAGGAGCCGCAAGGAUGUGCUGGACAGAUGAGAACCAGUAGUUUCCUCCUUGUCCUCAGCUCCCUCCUAGAAUCAAGGAUGAAAAGGCCCACUUUCCCCAGGUCUUCUUGUGGAUUGGGUUAAGUAGAUAACACUAGGCCUGGCUGUGAACCAGUACAUACUAUGACCUCUUAGGGGACAGCAGCAUCGCCUGCCCCUACCCAGUGCCCCACAGGUACUAGUAAACCUUAGGAACUUAAA